AUGGCGCUCCCUGAACGCAAGAAAGGCCUUGUAUGUAGGCUUACAAAGUCACUUUAUGGGCUCCGACAGGCUUCGAGACAGUGGUUUCACAAAUUCUGCUCAACUUUUAAGCAAAAUGGUUUCAUUCAAUGUAAAAGUGACUAUUCCUUGUUCUUAACAGGUUCUGGUGAUUUUGAAAUCUUCUUAUUAGUAUACGUAGACGACAUCAUAAUUGCAGGAGCUAACCUUGAUAUGGUGACCAGAGUUAAAUUAAAGCUGCAAUCCAUUUUUAAACUCAAAAUAUUGGGGGACUUGAAAUUCUUUUUAGGCUUAAAACUCGCCAAAUCUUCUCAAGGGAUUUCACUCAUACAACGCAAGUAUACACUCUCUUUGCUCGACGACACCAACCUCUUGGACUGCAAGCCGACAACAGUUCCUAUGGAUGCCAAUCUCAAAUUAAGAGCUAAAGAAGGUGAUCCGAUCCCUGAUGCUUCUGCGUAUAGGAGGCUUAUUGGUCGCCUCAUGUACCUCACUAUCUCUUGGGUAGACAUCACUUUUGCAGUCACUAAACUGGCUCAAUUCAUGUCUGACCCGCGGAUGCCUCAUUUACAAGCUGCUCACCAAGUAUUAAGGUACCUUAAGAAUGCACCAGGCCAAGGGAUUCUGUUUUCAGCUGCUUUCCAACUCACCCUGUCCAUAUAUUUUGAUGCCGAUUGGGGUAGUUGUCUCGACACAAGGCGAUCAACUACAGACUAUUGUGCCUUCCUAGGUGACUUUCUCAUUAAUUGGAAAAGCAAGAAGUGGACAGUAGUUUCUAGGAGCUCCACCGAAGUCGAAUAUAGGUCCAUGGCUCAUGCUAGCUGUGAGGUUAUUUGA